AGCUUGCUCCGCCUCUGUGGCGUUCCCAUAGCAACCAGCAAGCGCAGAGCCUCAUGGCGGGUUGUUUACAGUCGCCUUUUGCUCUCUCCUCGAGGCCUGCAGUUAGAUCCCGUUUGGGGCUGUGAUGGAUAUUACAAGGGGAAGCUUGGAUGAAAUUUCAAGGCCAGCAUCUAACUCAAGAAUCAAUAAUGGAAGCAAAGUUUUAAGCACCUCUUUAGAGGUUUUAACACCAGAGCCAAACCUGCCCAAGGUUGGUUUUUACAAUAAUUACACAGAAGAUAAGUCUGAAAAUGUUUAUGAGCAAGGAGAGAAAGAUGGAAUUAAAAAAUUGAAAAGCUCACAAGAAAUACCUGAAGAAAAAGCUAACAAUGAUUUCCAGUUGGUGAUACAAAAUGAAAAUAAGGUAGAAGAAUGUUCUUCAAGCUCAAUGGAUUCCGAAAAUGAUUGUACUGAAAAUCAACUAUAUAGAUGCAGCAGUGCUCCUCAGAAGAAAAUAGCUAAAUUACAGAAAGUGACAGCCAAGUCUACGAACACAGGAGAUUCUAAGGAGAAAGAUGUAGAUCUCCUCGUCCUGAAUGCUAUCAAGAAGAUGAAAAGGUUGGACCAGAUAUUGGCAAAUAAGCAGUCUCAAGAAAGAGCUAUUAAAAAGCAAGGCAAAGAACUGAGAAGAAAACUCUGGGAAGAAUUUCAGUCCACAACAUCUCGAAAUUCUACAGUGAUUACAGAAGAGGGAGAAAACACUAGCAGAUUUUUGGCUUUGGCAUCACCAUUACCAGAAACACUAGAUUCUGCUGCUGUUGAAGAAGAUGAAGUGUUUGUUAGUCUGUUUCACACACAGAUCAAUCCAGAAAGUUAUGCACACAGUGGAAGAGAAACCAAGCAAGAUUGUUUAAGUGAAGACAGAACAAGAAGCACAAUGAAGACAAUAGAAAACAUGCAUCAAAAAAGUGAAGCAAGCUAUAAACAUUAUCCUGAUUUUAUUAAAAAGAACAUAGAGCUAGCCAAAGAUGCAGCCAAUCAAGUGGUUAUGCUGGAAGAAGAAAAGAAAAGGCUUGCAGAGUUACUCAGAGAUACUGAAGAGGAGACAAAUGAACUUCACGUCAUUGAGGAAGGAGUAAUGGCGUGUUUAGUACCAGGUGAAGGAUACACACCCGAACCAGUGGAAUAUUACCACCUUACAGAAAUCAGUGCUAAACUCAAAGCAGUCAUCUCUGAUGGAGAUUUUGCGGCUGUUGAUAAUUCUUCUUUAGAAGUCCCAAGUCAGGUUUAUCAGGAAUCUUUGGCUUAUGCAAAUAGAAAGCUGGAAACAAUUCCAGGUGAAAAGGUCUUAAGAGACACUAAAGAAGAACGUGAUCAGCAAAACCGUCUUAAAGAGAUUGACCAGCAGCUGAAAAUCUUAGAAGAGACUGCUGAAGUAUUGCCGUAUGUGUCAAAAGAGCAGCUUAAUGCACUCCUGAAAGAAUGUGUACAAACCCCAAGAAGAGAAGACAGCCACCCCCGGGUAAAAUCUCAGGAUCUUUUUCUUGAGAGAGUGACUCCCAAUUCUGACAUGCUGGGAAACUCCAUUCUGGACUCCAGAAAUGAACUGUUAGAUGAUGUCCAAAGUGAGGAAAUGGUAGAAGACCAAAAGGUGAUUAGAGCUGAACAUGAAGAUAUAUGUCUGAAUGAUGUGAUGGAAACUUCUGACUCUAACGGCAGCAUAGCAUUGAUAGAAUCUCACCUGGCAGAGACAAAAGAAAACAACCAAGAAAGCCAAGAGAAGUCAGUACAUAAUAGUAGCUUUGAAGGUUACUACAUGGCAAAAGCACUGAGCCCAGACAAGCCGAAAAAACCCUCCUUUCUUGAUGAACCUUUUUAUUGUAUCAGCAUGAACAAUGAACUAUCCACAGAUGUCGACAUUCCUAGCAUGCCACUGAAAAUUGGAGGAGAUGAAGAGAUGGAUGAAGAUAUGCAUGAAGACAUAUAUGCUUCCCAGCUUAACCAGCAUUGGUAAAAUCAGUAUCUUCAGUUCUUGAUUUGUGUAAUUAUGGUUAUUUCAUCAUUCAUGUUUGCACUGCAAGCAUUUCUUUUUCCAUAAAAUAUAUUCUCAGAGAGUGAAUUCUCUUUGUUGUGCUUUGUUGUUGCAUUUGGUAAUUUGAAUAACUCAUCUAAAUAAAAUCACUUUAUAGUUAAUUUCUAAAAUCAUCUGAUUAAUCUCUUUAAUUGACUUACAUGUAAAAUAGACUUGGGACAUAAUAGAUAUGAAGAUGCUCCUGGAACAUCACUACACAGAGUAGAGCUGUGGCUUUAUGUUAGUGAAAAUAGCGUUCAUUUUCUUUCUAAUAAACUAAAAUUGAAAAUUAUUUUUGCAAAAUCACCUGAAUAGGUCAUAUGCAAAUCAUGGUAUGCUAAAAUUGUGGGUGUUUUGUCCUUGAAUCGUGCAUUCCUGCUAUUUGGAAUGGUCAGGACAUAAUCAUUUCUGUUUGUUUUGGGAAGGUGAUUAAUAAAAAGUUCUGAGGAAUGUAUUCUUCAGUAAACAUAAGAACAA